AUGCCCGCCUCGGCCGGCUGCAAAGACGGAAGCGUACGAUCGUACGCUUCGGACGCCACGGCUCGCGGUGCAACAGAGAGCGAUGGUCCUGUUAGCGCAGCGGAUACACCUGACGGUGCAUCCGAACCUCCUGUCGUAGCACGUGGAGAGCGCGGGCUAAAAGGAGUGUCUGGUCAGGGACCAGACACAACGAAGAAAUUCUCCGCUGUAAGACGUCGAUGUGACAACAGCGUGUCGACUAUGGGAGUUGACACGCACUCGAUAUCAGAAUCGAGAAAGUUCUCCGCUGUGAGGCGUCGAGGUGACAACGGUGUGUCAACUCCGGGAGUUGCGACACACCGAUCCGCCCUCAGCUGCACGAAGCAGGGCGCGAUCAAGCCGGGCUUGAUGACGCGUGCCCGCCGGUACAAGAACCCGCCGGCGGUCGCUAGCAGACUGGAAUGUCUGCCGGUGGUAUCAAGAAACAUUCGUCCAUGGCCGGGCCUGGACGAAACACAAAAGAAGCGACGGCGCAGACACAAGACGCUGCGCAAGUCUCGGUCCGGGACCGAGACUCUUCAUGGUGUGUCUGCCGGGCCGACACAAGUGGCAACAAUGGCCGUCGAGACGUUGAACGUCUUGACGCGGGCCAGUACUGGGUAUCAGUACAAGAAGAUGGAUUUUGUGGACCCUCCGACUAAUACGUCGGAGUUGACCUCGCUUCCAGUCAUGACCUGGAAGCGCUUCGCAAAUGACCUGUACGAUGGACGCAUCGAACAGCUAUGCAUUCUUUCCGACCGCGAAAGAAUGAAAAGCGAAGCAGAGGAGUUGAGACAACUCUUCGGUGGAAGCACCACUGAGAGUGAGGAUACUCUCAGUGCCAAGACAAAGAAGGAACCCUUCGAGGACCAACGUUGGGACUCACUGAAGUCGAGUCUCUAUUACGCGAUUCUGCGAGAGCACAGAGACGUGCUCCCGGACGAGAUCUCUGCGGCGCUUCCGCAGGACAAUGGAAUAGACGCGACUUCGCGCCGAGCUACUUCGACGAUGCGGGCUGUGAACGAGAAGACGGACGUCAAGAUGCACAAGGAGCAUCUCCGGGAACUUCUUGGGCUCAUGCGCAAGCACAAGCUCUAUGCGAACCUGAAGAAGUGUAUAUUCGGUGCGAGCGAGAUACCCGUGCUAGGGUGUCUCGUUGGGAACAAUGGCGUACGCCCCGACCCUGAGAAGGUCAGAGUGAUCAAUGAAUGGCCUACGCCAUCCAACUUCCUUGGCCUUGCCACGUACUUGUGCAAGUACGUGGACAACUACGCGGGCAAGAUUCGCCCGCUGUCGCAGCUCCUGAAGAUGGAAGCUGCGUGGGUAUGGACUCCUGAGCGUCAGCAGACCUUCGAUGCAGUCAAGCUGGGCUUGACUGAAGCGCCGAUCUUGGCGGUGGUCGACCAAGAUCGUCCCUUUCACGUAUUCCGAGUGUACUUACUCUGCAACACGCCGUUCGUGGUCUACACGGACCACGCGUCGUUGCGGCCGGCUGUGAAGCCUCAGCACAUCUCGCCAAGAAUGGCGAGAUGGUUAUCCUUCUUCGCGGAGUACAACUUCCGGGUCGAGUACAAACCCGGAAGGUUAAAUGUCGUCGCGGACGCGUUGUCACGACGACCGGAUUAUGCUGUCAAGACAGUCGACGUCAACCGGCGCUCGGACAUAUACACCGUCGCCGUCUUUGUGAAGGCCGCGUAUGCGCAUGACGCAGACGCGAAGCAGCUGAUUGAGUUCCUCUCAGCUCCUUCCGACAAAGCACGUCGGAAGUUGGCCCCUCGUCUACGAGCGAGUGCACACCAGUAUCGUGUGCACGACGGUCUACUGCUUUACAGCGCUGUAGACGAAAAUGCAGAACGCAUUGUCGUGCCGAAUGAUCCUGAUCUGCGCAGCAGGAUCAUGUACGAGUAUCACGAUGUCCCCACGACGGGACAUCCAGUACGUGAGAAGACGUACUCCCUUCUCACGUGA